CUAACCGCAGUUGUGUGACCGCGUUCGGCGGGUGAGCACGGAAAAUAAGGCAGUGAAACAUUUCGGACAGAGGGAAAGCCUACGAAAGCCACUUAGAUUUGUGCAUAGCCUUAAAUAGUUAUAGUUCGUAAAUUAGUCGCGACUUGGUGACAGUGCCCCUUCCGAUAGCCAGAUAAGGGCAAGCGUUCCGGGAAAAGUGACUCCAAGGCAAAGUGUAACCAUGAGGAGGUGUCGCAACAACACGCUUGCAAUUGUCUUUGCUCCGAUCUUGAUUUGUGCGUCGGUUGUCUUGGCCCAAGACUUUGGCUACGAGGGCAGACAUGGACCCGAGCACUGGAGCGAGGACUUUGCCCGUUGCAGUGGAAAGCAUCAGAGUCCCAUAAAUAUCGCCGAGGUGAAUGCCGUGGAGAAGAAGUUCUCCAAGCUGGAGUUCUUUAACUUCAAUGUGGAGCCAGAGACUUUACAAAUGUCGAAUAAUGGUCACACGGUCCUGGUGAAGAUGACUUUCGGUGAGGACGAAAUUCCAACGGUUAGGGGUGGCCCUUUGGCGGAGAAAACUCUUUUGGGCUACCAGUUUGAGCAGUUCCACUUCCAUUGGGGCGAGAACGAUACGAUAGGCAGUGAGGAUCGGAUCAAUAACAAAGCCUACCCCGCCGAGCUCCAUGUGGUAUUAAGGAAUCUGGAAUAUCCUGACUUUGCUAGUGCUCUGGACAAGGAUCAUGGCAUCGCUGUGAUGGCGUUCUUCUUUCAGGUUGGCGACAAGACAACUGGCGGUUAUGAGGGCUUCACGAAUUUGCUAGCCCAAAUUGACCGGAAGGGCAAAACCGUGAACAUGACCGAUCCACUUCCUCUAGGAGAAUACAUAUCGAAGUAUUUGGAGAGCUACUUCAGCUACACUGGCUCUCUGACAACUCCGCCAUGUAGCGAGGAGGUAACCUGGAUUGACUUCGUAACGCCCAUUGACAUUACAGAGAAGCAGUUAAAUGCCUUCCGUCUGCUGACAGCACACGAUGAUCAUCUGAAAAACAAUUUCCGACCCAUCCAGCCCCUUAACGAUCGAAUUUUGUACAAGAAUAUUGUAGAGACUCCGAUAUACAAUAUGGGUUCGAUUCCGUUUGUUAAUGCGGAAAAUGCGGCGAUUGGAAAAUGGAAGCCCCAUUCCCUGGCUUUCGUGCUACUCAUUGUUGUCCUCGCAGCGCUAUUAAGGACCUCCGUUUUUAAUUAGAGUUCUGUGGCGGGGAAUCGAAGGUUAAAUCGUUAAAUGCCUAGCAUGCGCUUGGGCGUCCAAUUAAGCGCUGUAAUUUACAUUUUCCGCUGUUUGUUGUUCUAACACGAUUCCUGGUAUAUACAUUUCCCCUUGGCAUGGGGCACCCCAGCCGACAGGACAUUCAUCCAUAUAUCUACGGACAAACAAACAGGCGGGAGAAAAUAUUAAACCCAAAACUGGGCGAGAAGCUUCAGCUGGCACACGAUACCCUCACUCAUCAAUUAUGCAGCACCUCGCACAGAGACUGUCAACCGAAUCGUAUCCGUCCAGAGAGCCGCCCAAGUCAGUCGUCGGUGCGAGGGGAAUCCACUUGGUAUUGCACAUUGUGAUUUUAAAUGCUUGGCACAGGCGGAGCUUUUUAUUCGUGUACCAUAGACUUAAGAUUUCUUAGCAUUAAAGUUUAAUAAAAUGUAUUUUUGCAAUUUUUUUUGCUAACAGA